AUCCUUACAAAAAAAAAAAGAAGAAGAACACUUGUGCACGUUGUGCUUAAAAAAAAGGAGUUGCCAAGAGCUGGAGUGACCACUAAACUUUGAUGGUGAGAAAGGAUGCCGCCGAAAAGGAAUCAGAAACAGAGCCGAAAGCCUCAGUCCUCAUCCUCCUCCUCCGCUCCGAAGCUACAAAUUUCGGCAGAAAAUGAGAACCGCAUCCGCCGGCUAUUGCUCAACUCUGCCCGCCCUACCCCUGCGACGGACGAUACCCUAACAAAGGAUCAGAAAGCGAAGAAGCUGAAAACUGUUUACGAGAAACUCUCUUGCGAAGGAUUCACUGAUCACCACAUUGAGCUUGCUCUCUCCGCUCUCAAGGAAUGCGCUACAUUUGAAUCAGCUCUUGAUUGGUUAUGCUUGAAUUUACCCGGGAAUGAACUUCCACUCAAGUUUUCCAGUGGGUCUUCCUUUCAUUAUACUGAAGGGGGUUCUGUUGGUGUUAUAUUAAACCAACAAGACAAUUCAACUCCCUCAGUGGAUCCAUCCAUCACAACUAAGGACCAAGCUCUAGAAUCUCCGGUUUUAAUCAAGAGACAGUUAAACGAUGAUACUUUAGAUUCUUGCCAAUCAUCUCAAGCAGAUUGGAUCAGGCAAUAUGUGGAGCAGCAGGAAGAGGAUGAUGAAAAUAAGACUUGGGAAGAUGACAUUUUUGAUGAAAGUAGUGCCACAAAGCUUCGCGAACCCAGGCCUUAUGAUGUUAUUGCCAAGGAGUAUCUUGCUGCAAGGUUGGAAGCUACAAAGGCGAAGGAAAAAGGGGACAAAAAACAUCAGGAGCUGGCAAGCCGUAUCAUACGAAAACUGAAACAGGAGCUGUCUGCUCUAGGAUUAUCAGAUGAUACUUUGGCCUUAGAAUACGACCAAAUCAGUACUAAACAUGCAUCUGAGGGAGCUUCCAUGGGCCAUGAGCCUUUGAUAGAAAAUGAGCCAAGCGAUGUAGAAAGUAAUUCUGCCGUUAUUUUGCCAUCUAAUGUGGCCGCAAUAAACGGUAGUGAUGUGGAAAAUCAUAGCGCAGAUGAAAAUCUUGCCAAGUCUUGCUUACCAGCUGUACAUGUUGAAAAAGAUUCUGCACAAGGAGUGGCUGGAGACAUUGAGCUUGGUGGUUUCUUCUUGGAGGAUAUGCCAUCUAAUGAAAUACACCCUGAUAUUUUGAAAGCACAGAAACUAGAAAAAAUUAAAAGAUUAUCCGAGAAGAACUUAGAUAAGUUAGAUGGCAUUUGGAAGAAGGGGGACCCUCAAAAGGUUCCAAAGGCUAUCCUUCAUCAGCUUUGCCAGAAAUCAGGAUGGGAUGCUCCAAAAUUCAAUAAAAUACUUGGCAGAGGAAAGAGUUUUUCCUAUACUGUAAGCAUAUUGCGUAAAGCUAGUGGCAGGGGCAAGAAUCGAAAAGCCGGGGGGCUGGUCACACUUAAGCUUCCAGAUCAGAAUGAGGCCUUUGAAUCUGCUGAGGAUGCACAGAAUAAAGUGGCUGCAUAUGCUUUGUUCCAACUAUUUCCUGAUUUCCCAAUUCAUCUCCUAAUUACGGAGCCUUAUGCUUCAGUUGUUAUGAAGUGGAUGGAAGGGGAAUCAUUGACCAAGCUAGAAGACAGUGUGGAAGAUCAUAAGUCUCGUUUUGUGGAGUCAAUAUUAAGUGGCGAUGGCUCUGGUGAAACUGCAUCUGCUGAUGUUAUAGACUAUAAGUUUCCUCAAAACAACGGUAGAAUUGAUGAAAAUAAAAGUUCAACCAUUGAUAGUCAUCAAUCAUUUGCUCAGAGAGGAACCUACAGUAAGGAAUUGGAGAGUACUAAUUUGAGACAGGCGCAAUACAUUAAAAUGGGAACACAAAGAUACCAGGAUAUGUUGAAGUUUAGAGCUACACUUCCUAUUGCCACACUAAAGGGUGAUAUAUUGCAAAUUCUAAAGGAAAAUGAUGUUCUUGUUGUUUGUGGGGAAACAGGCUCUGGAAAAACAACUCAGGUUCCUCAAUUCAUAUUGGAUGAGAUGAUUGAGUCAGGACAUGGUGGACACUGUAAUAUUAUUUGCACACAACCAAGGAGAAUAGCGGCUAUUUCCGUAGCUGAAAGGGUAGCCGAUGAGCGGUGCGAACCUUCACCAGGUUCUGAUGGCUCCUUGAUUGGUUAUCAAGUUCGUCUAGAUAGUGCCAGGAACGAAAAAACAAGGCUUCUGUUCUGUACAACAGGCAUCCUUCUGAGAAAAUUAAUGGGGAACCGAAGCUUGACGGGCAUUACUCAUAUCAUAGUUGAUGAAGUUCAUGAAAGGUCUUUAUUGGGCGAUUUUAUUCUAAUUGUGUUAAAGAAUUUAAUUGAGAAGCAGUCCAGUGAAAGCUCUUCAAAAGUCAAGGUCAUUCUAAUGUCAGCAACUGUGGAUUCAAGUUUAUUUUCAAGAUACUUCGGUCAUUGCCCUGUAGUUACUGCAGAAGGCAGGACUCAUCCAGUGACAACAUACUUUCUUGAGGAUAUAUAUGAUCAGAUUAAUUAUCGACUUGCUUCAGAUUCACCAGCUUCUUUAACAUAUGAAACAUUUCCCGAAGGACAGAACUUGCAGAGAGCUCAUGUGACAAACAACAGGGGGAAGAAGAAUCUAGUCUUAUCUGCAUGGGGUGAUGAGUCUGUGCUUUCUGAAGAACUUUUUAAUCCAUAUUUUGAUCUUAGUUAUUAUCAGUCAUACAGUGAACAAGCCCAAAAAAAUCUGAAAAGAGUAAAUGAGGAUGUCAUCGAUUACGAUCUUAUUGAAGAUCUAAUAUGUUACAUUGAUGAAAGUUGUGGUGAGGGUUCCAUCCUUGUCUUCUUACCGGGAGUGUUUGAGAUAAACCACUUACAUGAUAAGUUAGCAGCGUCGUACCAAUUUGGUGGGCCAUCUUCUGAUUGGAUUAUUCCUUUGCAUUCGUCAGUUGCGUCAACUGAACAGAAAAAGGUGUUUUUACGCCCUCCAGGAAAUAUACGCAAGGUUGUUAUAGCCACAAAUAUAGCAGAGACCAGCAUAACAAUAGAUGAUGUGAUAUAUGUAAUUGACUGUGGAAAACAUAAGGAGAAUCGUUAUAAUCCGCAGAAGAAAUUGUCUAGCAUGGUUGAAGAUUGGAUUUCUCAAGCAAAUGCAAGGCAGCGUCAGGGUAGAGCUGGACGUGUAAAACCUGGAAUUUGCUUUCGCUUGUACACCCGUUAUAGAUUUGAAAAACUCAUGCGUCCUUAUCAGGUUCCAGAGAUGCUUCGGAUGCCAUUAGUUGAAUUGUGUCUGCAGAUUAAGUUACUAUCUCUUGGAUAUAUCAAGCCAUUUUUGUCUAUGGCUUUAGAACCUCCAAAAAUUGAAGCAAUGGAUUCGGCAAUGUCUCUAUUGUAUGAGGUCGGUGCUCUUGAAGGGGAUGAAGAGCUGACACCUCUUGGGUAUCAUCUGGCGAAACUACCUGUUGAUGUAUUAAUUGGGAAGAUGAUGGUGUACGGUGCAAUUUUUGGUUGCUUGUCACCUAUUCUUUCAGUUUCCGCAUUUUUAAGUUACAAGUCUCCAUUUGUGUAUCCCAAAGAUGAGAGGCAGAAUGUCGAAAGAGCAAAACUAACAUUGUUGAAUGAUAAGCAACAUGGGCCCGGUGACGGGAAUGAUAUUGAUAGGCAAUCAGAUCAUUUGCUUAUGAUGAUAGCAUACAAAAGAUGGGAGACUAUUUUUAAUGAGAAAGGACCUAAAGCUGCACAGCAAUUCUGCGGUUCAUAUUUUCUGAGCAGCUCUGUAAUGUUUAUGAUAAGGGAGAUGAGGAUACAGUUUGGAACUUUGCUAGCAGACAUUGGUCUCAUCACUCUUCCAAAAUUUAAUCAGAUGGAUGGAAAAAAGAUAGGGAUUCUUGACAGGUGGCUUUCUGAUGCAUCACAACCAUUUAAUAUGCAUGCACAUCACUCGUCAAUUCUGAAGGCUAUACUAUGUGCAGGUUUAUACCCCAAUGUAGCAGCUGGUGAACAAGGUAUUGUUGCGGCAGCUCUCAGCAGCCUUAAGCGGUCUCCUAGCUCUGCGAAUUCCAGCCGUACAGUCUGGUUUGAUGGAAGAAGAGAAGUUCAUCUCCACCCAUCUUCUAUCAACAGUAACACAAAUGUAUUCAAGUACCCGUUUCUUGUCUUCCUUGAAAAGGUUGAAACGAACAAAGUAUUUCUACGAGAUACUUCAGUCAUUUCUCCAUACUCAAUUUUGCUCUUUGGAGGGUCAAUCAAUGUUCAGCAUCAGACUGGACUGGUCAUCAUCGAUGGAUGGUUAAAAUUGAAUGCACCCGCCCAAAUAGCUGUGUUGUUCAAGGAGCUACGAUUGACUCUACAUUCCAUUCUAAAGGAGCUUAUUAGGAAACCGGAGAAUGUGAUCGUUCUAAAUGAUGAGAUCAUCAAGUCUAUCAUCAAUCUGCUUUUAGAAGAAGGCAGUGUGCCUAAAUGAUUGUGUGUCAGAGUCACGUGGAAGAAAGCUGUAUCUGCUCUGAACCAGUUUUUGCUAGGUGAAGCAUGGGUGAAGAUCUGUUUAGUAUCUUGUAAAACCCUAUAACUGAUGAUAAAUAUAUAAACUAACUAUAUUAUAAUAUUAAUAAUUUAAUUACUAUGCGACAACUAUAUAAUAGUUUAUUCAACACAAAAAACAAACAUAUAACAGUUUUAUACAGACAUUUAGUUUUAGUCCAUGUAGAUAUUUGUGCAGAAACUUUAAGCAGUUGUAAUGUGACAUAUUAGUGCAAUGUGAUAGGUUGUUUUUGUGAAAA